AUGUCCGAGAACGUCGUCGGCCUCAAUGUCCAGAAGGUCGUCGAGCCGGACGCGGACCAGGGCUUUCAUGACCCAGAGAAGACGCACCAUGUCCAGAGCAUGAAUUCUCAGGGCCUGUCCUCGAUCGAGGAAGGAGACCACAGCCAUGCCCUUAUCGACGACGAGAGGUACCCGCCACCCACGGAGGAGGAGCGCAAGACACUGCGCAAGGUGUGGGACACCAUCCCCAUGACCUCUUGGUUCCUCUGCGUGGUCGAGAUGGCCGAGCGCGCAUCCUACUACGGAGUAAAGGCCGCUUUCAACAACUAUAUGCAGUUCCCGCUCCCUGAAGGCGGGCCCGGCACCGGCGCCAUCGAUCCAAGCAAGCCGAACAGCCAUGCUGGCGCCCUCGGCAUGGGCAUACAGGCUGCUUCAGCCCUCGGCCUCUUGUUCACCUUCCUGGCCUUCGUUAUCCCCAUAUUCGGCGCUUGGAUCGCUGAUACCAAGAUCGGUCGCUACCAAGCCAUCGUGUGGGGUGUCUUUAUCGGCGGCGUUGCCCAUGUUAUCAUGAUUGGAGGCGCCGCGCCGGCUUUAUUGCAGGCCGGGAGGGGUGUUGCGCCCUUUCUUGUCAGCUUUAUUCUCCUCGCGUUCGGUGCCGGUCUUUUCAAGCCGAAUGUUGCCCCAUUGGUUGUCGACCAGUAUCAGUACCAACGUGAGUACACCAAGGUGCUCAAGUCCGGAGAGAAGGUGCUCGUCGACCCGGAGACGACUAUCAGUCAUAUAAUGCUCGUGUUUUAUGCCUUCAUCAACGUGGGUGCCUUCUUCUCCAUCGCUGUUGUGUACAUUGAGAAAUAUCACAGCUUCUGGCUCGCCUUCAUGGUGCCGGGCAUCGUGUAUUUCCUCCUGCCCCUCCUCUUGGCAGCCAUGUACAAGCGGACGGUCAGGAAGAAGCCUGAGGGGUCCGAUCUGAACCGGUUCAUCAGAAUCACCAUCUCGGCGUUGAAGGCGAGCAAAUUCAACGUUUUCUCCAAGAGCCUUUGGAACAAUGUGAGGCCCUCGACAUUGGCCGAGAGGGACGUCCACGUCGAGUAUUCGGAGAAGGACGUUGAUGAUACUAGCCGCACCUGGCAGGCAGUUCAGAUCUUCCUGUACAUUCCUAUCUGGUACCUGAACGACGGCGGCGUUGGUGCUGUUCAGAGCAACCAAGGCGCCAGCAUGAUCUCUGACGGCGCACCGAAUGAUCUGUUGGGUCAUUUUAACCCACUGGUUAUCAUAGUGUUCUCCCCCUUUAUGGCACACGUUGUGUAUCCGUUCCUUGAGCGCCGAAAGAUUCGGUUCGGACGUAUCAGCCGGAUGACGUUUGGCUUCACACUGGCAACCAUAUCUGGAAUAAUUGGUGCCAUCGUCCAGUAUCGCAUAUAUGCUACCAGCCCAUGCGGCUACUUUGCCAGCAGCUGCGACGAAGUGGCGCCCAUUUCCAUCUGGCUGCAGAUCCCCAACGUCGCGCUCGGCGCAAUGUCCGAGAUAUUCGUUAACGUCACGUCAUAUGAGCUUGCCUACGCCCGAGCCCCGGAGAACAUGAGGGCUUGCGUUGUAGCUCUGUUCCUUUUCAUGACGGCUUUGAGCAGCGCAUUGGGACAGAUCCUAGUCCCGGCCAUCACUGACCCCACGCUGAUCUGGGCCUGGGCUGCACCGGCCAUCGCACUGGCCGUGCAAACUGUCAUUUUCUGGUGGAGGCACCGCGAUGUGAACGAUGAUGUCUUCAUGACCUACCAGGAAGAUUAUGAGCCAAAGACACCAGGUAGCAAACAGACUGGGGAUCAUGUUAAGGAGGUCAAGGAGUGAUCUGCUCAUGAGUCCGGUCCAGGUUGGAUGAGGAUUUGGACAGAUACCAUCUGAUUAAUGUAUGCCUUCGGACGUAUGCAGAAUACCUAGGGUAGAAGCGAAACCGGUAACGUUAUAGUAAUGGGAGUGGUACUGGGGACUGCAAGAUAAGAGAGUAUUUCGAGCAUUUCGACUAGCUGGCUCGUGAAACAUGA